CGUUGCUUUGUCUUUUUUGUGUCAUUGUAUGCGUUCACUAUUAGUUAUAGGUGAGUUUGUAUGUGCUGGUCUCUGUCCUUUCAUCAAUAAGUAUGAUCAUGGUCCUUUCUUAACUGUCCGAUGGUACUUAUUUGCCCCUCACCAGAAAUUCACAUAAUAAUAUAUUUGCAAUAUGAGGUGAGGCUUCCUGAUGUGGAAUUUUACAUCAAUGUGGGAGACUGGCCAAUGGAAACAAGGAAGCAGAUGACAUUCCUGGGGCUGUUCCAAUCAUCUCCUGGUGCGGUUCCACAGACACCAUCCUCCCCACCUAUGACAACACUCACUCCACCCUGGAGACCCAGUGACAUUUCCAGUGAUCUGCUGUCAGUCCAGGGCAACACAGAACAGGCCUUAUUCUGUGGCCGGGACAGUCGUGAAGAGUGCCUACACCUGGUCACUCUGUCCAAGAAAAGGGGGAAGGAUCUGGGCAAAACAAAUCUUGUUGGAUUCUUUGACUUAUUCAAGUGUAAGUAUCAGGUGAACGUUAAGGGCACAGUGGCUCCUUACAGGUUCCCUUAGCUGAUGCUGGGGAACAGCCUGGUGCUGAAGCAGAAUUCACCAAAUCACUUCUACACCCACCUGAAGAAGCCAGGCACCCACUACAUCCCUGUGAAGAGGAGCUCUGACCUCAUCCAAAAGAUUGAGUGGGCAAUGGGGAAUGAUGAUGAAGCACAAGCGAGCAAAGCAGGCCAGGCGAUUGUACGACAGCUCGUACAACCUAACAGAUUAUACUGUUACUAUUACAGUGUGGUACAGAUGUACUCUGAGCGUCAGAACAACCAGCCCACUCCAGACAUGAAGCGGGUUCCCCAGCCAUCCGACCAGAGUGCCCUUUGCAGCUGUCAGCAAGAGCCUCAAAGAGAUGAUCCCAGCCCGGAGAAGGAUGAACACUGAACAACACUGUGAAAAGAAAGGGAAGAGACACUAGCUAUUUCAAUACAGAAAGUGCGCCUUGGACUUCUGCUUGCUUGUUGAUGGAGAUUCUAUGCAAUGAAGAAGUACUGUGUGACCAGGACUGCUUAGUGGAUGUACCAACACUCAUAUAGACGAUCAAAUAUUAAAUGUGGUUUGAGCCAAACAGACUUUGUCACAGCUCACUUUACUGGGCCUGGAAUAUGACUGUUUUAUUGACAAGACCAUUAUGCGGAAGCAUCUGUUUUCACUGACCUGAGUGAUAUUGCCAUAUAGAUUGGUUUCUUUUUGGACUCUUCUA